AUGAAGAUGUUCUCCUGGAUUUUUAUCACCAGCUUUUUGCAGACUCCUUAUCUUGUUUUCACCUUUAACCUGAGUAUCUGCUAUUACUUAAUCACUGAAGAUUUUCAUCAUGAAGGAGAUUUGAUGAUUGGUGCAUUUUUUCCAGUUCAUACUUACUACACCGUGAACAAAAUUCCAAAUGUACAAUUUCCUAAUAUAUACUAUUAUCAAGACUAUUACCUACAGUUUAAUUUUAAGAACUACCAGUAUGUUUUGGCUCUGGAAUUUGCCAUUGAGGAGAUCAAUAGGAAUCCCAAUCUUUUACCCAACCUAACUCUUGGAUUUGAUUUCUACAAUGUCAAAUUCACAGAAAAGGAAACUCUAAUGAAUGUAUGUAUGUGGCUUACAGCUCACAAAAGGGGAAAGGUUUUACCUAAUUACAACUGCGAAGAGAAAAAUUUUACUGCUGCAUUCACAGGAACAUCAUGGACAACGUCUGCACACAUUGGGACAUUGCUACAACUCUUCAGAUUCCCACAGCUUUCUAUUGGACCUUAUGAUACUGCCUUGAAUGAUCAUGGCCAGUAUUCUUCGCUCUACCAGAUGGCCACUAAAGACACAUCUCUCUCACAUGGCAUUGUCUCCUUGAUGCUUUAUUUUAGGUGGUCCUGGGUUGGUCUCCUCCUCCCAGAUGACCAUAAAGGGAAUAAAGUUUUAUCAGAGUUUAGGGAUGAGAUGGAGAGAGAAAGAGUCUGCAUAGCUUUUGUGAAAAUGAUCCCAACCACCUGGACUUUAUAUUUUAACAAACAAUGGAAAAAUAUGGAAGAGAUCGAGGAAUCUUCGACAAAUGUGAUAAUUAUUUAUGGUGAUGUUGAUUCUUUACAAGGUCUCAUGCGAAAUAUUGGGCAAAGGUUACUGACAGGGAAAGUAUGGGUAAUGAAUUUUGAACAGGAUAUUACCGACCAUGCUGAUUAUUUCCUGUUAGACUCAUUCCAUGGGAGUUUCAUUUUUACACAACAUUACGGGGAGAGUUUUGAGUUUACCAAGUUUAUUCAAACUGUUAAUCCUUACAAAUAUCCAGAAGACAUUUAUCUUCCUAAAAUGUGGCAUUAUUUCUUCAAGUGCUCAUAUUCUGAAGUUGAUUGUAAACUUUUGGACAACUGUCAAGCCAAUGCAACUUUGAAUGUAUUACCGAGACACAUAUUUGAUGUGUCCAUGAGUAAGGAGAGCUAUAAUAUAUACAAUGCUGUGUAUGCUGUGGCUCACAGUCUCCAUGAGAUUACUCUUAAGCAAGUACAAAUGCAACCAUGCAAAAACGGAGAAGAGCUGUUGUUUUAUCCCUGGCAGAUUAACUCUUUCCUGAGGAAAAACAUGGGAUUAGAUUGGAGACAGAAAAGAAAUGAAGAGUAUGAUAUUCUUAAUCUUUGGAAUUUUCCAAAGGGUCUUGGACUAAAGAUUAAAAUAGGAAAGUAUUCAGAAAAUGCUCCCGAUGGGCAACAGUUGACUUUAUCUGACCAGAUGAUUCAAUGGCCAGAAAAGUUUUCAGAGAUUCCUCAAUCUGUGUGCAGUGAGAGUUGUGGGCCUGGAUUCAGGAAAGUCACCUUGGAGGGUCAAGCAGUCUGCUGCUACAAUUGCACACCUUGCGCAGAAAAUGAGAUUUCCAAUGAGACAGAUGUAGAUCAUUGUGUGAAGUGUCCAGAAAGUUAUUAUGCAAAUACAGAGAAGAACCACUGCCUCCAGAAAGCUCAAAGCUUUCUGGCCUAUGAGGACCCCUUGGGAAUGGCUCUCACCAGCAUAUCCCUGUUAUUUUCUGCCCUCACAGUCAUUGUUGUUGGGAUCUUUGUAAGACACAGACACACUCCAAUGGUCAAGGCUAAUAAUCGAGCUCUCAGUUACACUUUGCUCAUCUCACUCAACUUCUGUUUUCUCUGCUCUUUGAACUUCAUUGGCCAGCCCAACACAGCCACCUGCAUUCUGCAGCAGACAAUAUUUGGAGUUGCAUUCACUGUGGCUCUUGCCACUGUGUUAGCCAAAGCAAUCACUGUGGUCAUUGCUUUCAAGGCCACUUUUCCAGGGAGAAUAAUAAGGUGGCUAAUGAUAUCAAGGGCCCCAAACUAUACCAUUCCUAUCUGCACCCUGAUUCAACUUGUUCUUUGUGGAAUAUGGAUGGCAACAUUUCCUCCAUUUGUUGACCAAGAUGAUCAUACUGAACAUGGGCAUGUCAUCAUUUUUUGCAACAAGGGCUCAUCUGUAGCUUUUCACUGUGCUCUGGGAUACCUCUGUUUCUUGGCACUUGGGAGUUAUGCCAUGGCCUUUUUCUCAAGGAAUCUGCCAGAUACAUUCAAUGAAUCCAAAUUUCUGUCAUUCAGCAUGCUGGUGUUCUUCUGUGUCUGGAUCACCUUCCUCCCUGUCUACCACAGCACUAAGGGGAAAAUUAUGUUGGCUAUGGAAGUCUUCUGUAUUUUGGCUUCCAGUGCAGCACUCCUUGGCUUCAUAUUUACCCCUAAGUGUUACAUUAUAUUGUUGAGACCAGAAAAAAACUCCUUUCAUCGUAUUAGGAACAAAAUACAUUCUAAAGGAAAUGUUUCACAAACCAUAGUUCAAAAACCAAUUUAG